AUGGCAGAGGACAAGCUCAAGCUGAAAUCCUCCCAGGGUGAGAUCUUCGAAGUUGAUCCAGAGGUUGCGACGAUGUCGACACUGAUCAAGAACAUGGUCGAGGACAGUGGGACAGAUGAGGAAAUCCCACUGCCGAAUGUGAAGACAGCUAUCCUGAGCAAGGUGAUUGACUACUGCAAGUACCACAAGGACAACCCUCCCGAGGAGAUUCAAAAGCCGCUGAAGAGCACCAAUCUGGUGGAGUGCGGCGUGUCGGAGUGGGACAGCGAGUACGUGAACAUUGAGCAGGAGGUCCUCUUUGAGUUGAUCCUGGCGGCCAACUAUCUGGACAUAAAGAGCUUGCUGGACCUCACCUGCGCCAAAGUCGCCUCCAUGAUCAAGGGCAAGAACACCGAAGAGAUUCGCAAGCAGUUCAACAUCGUGAACGACUUCACCCCUGAGGAGGAAGCCCAGGUGAGGGAAGAGAACCGCUGGUGUGAGGAUGCGUGA